ACUAAGAGAGAGCACGUGGAAUGCCAUCGCGCCGUGUAUUCGUCAUCUGUAAAUCGAUUUUGGGGCUUGAGUUACAAUUUCGAAACAGAAAUUGACAAUCAACUACUACAAGACAGAAUACUGACCACACGAUAACUAAUUGAAGAGAAUCAAAUCCAAGAUGAUUUUAUUUUACCACCCUAGAAACCAACCGUAUUCCACCGCUUGGCACCGGCACAGUUCGAUUGGUUAGAGGGCGCUCACCCUUUCCAGCAUUUCAUUCACCAUCGAUACUGCUCAAAAUUGUCCCCCUCCAAUUUCUCUGUGCCUCUCCUAUUUCACAGUAAACUCCCGAAACCAAAACAGCUUCAAACAAAUUAGCCCAUAAGAUUUUCGCUCUUUCCCUCUCCGAAUUUCUUUUGUCUGUCUCUCUUAUAAUUCAAACGAAUACAGAAUCUAUGGGAGACGAGGAUAGGGAGGCCUUGCUAAGCCGGAACACUAAAUUCACACGCUGCAUCUCGCACGCGCAGGACGAGUUGCAGAGCUUCAGAUCCUAUCUCCAAUGGAUGUGCGUGGACCAAUCGAAUGUGUGGACAGCGUGUCUGUCUUGGUCCAUGUUCAUCCUCUUUGCGAUCGGCGUGCCCGCUGUUUCCCAUUUCCUGCUGGCCUGCUCCACCUGCGACAGCAAGCACUCGAGGCCCUUCGACGGCGUCGUGCAGCUGUCGCUGAGCAGCGUCGCCACACUCUCCUUCGUGUGCCUGUCCAGGUUCGUCCGGAAGUACGGGCUCCGGAGGUUCUUGUUCUUUGAUAAGCUGGUUGAUGAGAGCGAGACAGUUCGAAAGGGAUACACGGGACAACUCAACAGAUCACUAAAGCUCCUCUCAGUCUUUGUCGUCCCCUGCUUCGUGGCCGAGAGCGCAUACAAGAUAUGGUGGUACGCCUCCGGGGCCUCACAAAUUCCUUUCCUGGGCAAUGUCUACGUGAGCGACACUGUCGCAUGCAUCAUGGAGCUGUGCUCUUGGCUCUAUCGCACGACCGUAAUUUUCCUUGUGUGUGUUCUCUUCCGUCUGAUCUGCUACCUCCAGAUCCUUCGACUGCAGGACUUCGCGUCCGUUUUCCAGGUGGACUCCGACGUGGAGUCCGUGUUGUCGGAGCACCUUAGGAUCAGGAGGCAUCUACGGAUCAUAAGCCAUCGAUACAGGGCGUUCAUCUUGUGGGCCUUGAUCCUCAUCACAGGGAGCCAAUUUGCUUCGCUGCUCAUCACCACCAAAAGCAGCGCCGACGUUAAUAUAUACAAAGCCGGAGAACUCGCGCUGUGCUCUAUAACUCUUCUUACUGGGCUCAUGAUACUAAUGCGGAGCGCAACAAAGAUUACACACAAGGCACAAUCAGUAACAUGCCUUGCUGCUAAAUGGCACGUUUGCGCUACGUUAGAGUCCUUUGAGGGUGCCGAUGGUGAGACCCCAAGAGCUCCGGUGGACCACGGCCUAGUGUUUCCUAUGGGUGCCGGGGAAGAAUCGGACGGUGAAGAAGCCGGCGAUGAGGAAGAUGACCUAGAUAACGACAAACUGAUCCCAUCAUACGCGUAUAGCACCAUUUCUUUCCAGAAGAGACAAGCUCUAGUGACGUACUUUGAGAAUAAUAGAGCAGGGAUAACAGUUUUCGGCUUCACGUUGGACCGGACUACACUACACACCAUUUUCGGUAUCGAGUUAUCUUUGGUUCUCUGGUUGCUUGGAAAAACCAUUGGCAUUUCUUAAGGAUUAAUCCAAGAGACCUACGUACCGGCCUCCAUUACUUACGUUAGAGAGACAUCCUGUUUUCUGGUUUUUGUAUUUUUAUUCUCAUUCUUUUACCUUAUAUCGUGCGAUUUGUUCUCAAAGUUUCUUCAGGCUUUUAUGGUUUAUAAUGUUGUUAUGAUUCUCGAUUAAUAGAUUUAUUGCGUUUUCAUUUAUUAAUUAAAAUAUGAAGCCCCCCUGUCAUGAGAAAGAAUAAGUCAAAGGGUGUAUUUUUAUGAAACAAAUGAUUGGAUAAUUU